AUAAACCAGAUCAUUAGACCAAAACAAUGUGAAUUACCGGUUGAAAGAAAUAGGAAACUUCCCCACAAGACCUUCUCCAUUACUACGUGCCCCUACUGUACACGUAUAUUUAUAUCUCACACGAACAAAUGUUCUCAUUCAAACUACAGACUUUUGAAUCUGAAUUCUGAACCAAAUCCUUCAUUGGAUUACUUCAACUUAGGUCCUUUUUUUCUUCUCAUUCUGAUUUCUUCACAAAAGAUAGUAAACGUUACAACAAUGGUAGCAGCAGGGGAGCACUUAUAUGAUCUGCCAGAAGAUUGCAUUAGUACCAUAAUCUGUCUCACUUCUCCCCCAGAUGCACUAAAAUUGUCACUGGUUAAUUCUAUUUUCCGGUCAGUGGCAGAAUUGGACUGUGUUUGGAAUGCUUUCUUGCCAUCCGAUUGGCAAGAAAUUGCUGGAAAUUCAGUCACCCCUUUGAAGUUUUCUUCAAAAAGAGAGCUUUUUCUCUGCCUCUGCAGUUCCAUUCUCAUAGACGGUGGCAACAAGGCCUUUGCUUUAGAUAAAUCAACUGGAAAAAAGUCAUAUGUAAUUUCAGCAAAAGAGCUCUCUAUUGUGUAUGGAGAUGAACCAGAACAUUGGAACUGGAAAACUAUCCUAGAAUCAAGGUUUGCAGAGGUAGCUGAACUGAAAAUGAUAUGUAGACUAGAAAUACAGGGGAAGAUGAAAACAGGGGAACUAUCUCCAAACACAACAUACGGAGCUUAUUUACUCAUAAAAAUUUCGGAGCGAUCAUUCGGGUUGGAUUCAAUUCCUGUAGAGAUUAGUAUUGAAGUUGGUGAUCAAGAAUCAGUGAGCAGUACUGCUUAUUUACGCCACCCAAGAAACAAGAAGAAAGAGCAAAUGGAGUCUCUGUUUUACAGAAACAGAGUUGAGAUGUUGAAAACAAGAGUGAACCAAGGGGAUAGAAGAAUGCCUUGUGAAAGGGAGGAUGGGUGGUUGGAAAUUGAGCUAGGAGAGUUCUUUAAUGGAGGAAAUGGUGAUGAAGAGAUAAUAAUGCGGUUGAUGGAGGUGAAGGGUUAUCAUGUUAAAGGUGGACUUGUUAUUGAAGGCAUUGAAUUAAGGCCUAAACACUAGUCAAGAUGUCAGGUUUCCUUUCUUCUUCUUUUUUUUUUUUUUUUUUUUUUUUUUUUUUUUGUGAAGUCUAGGAUGGGAUAUCUUUUUUCUUUUUUUCUUCUCUAUUAGUAUUUUUUGUGCGUAAACCAACAGGUUCUUUCAUUUAUUUUCUUCUUUUUCUAUUAAAAAGGUUAUUAUUGAAGAGUUUCAUUUAUA